AUGCAUACGCGUGGACUGCUGCGCUUGCAGUUUCUACUCAACACACCGUUCGACCACCAGCCCAUCGCCGUUCCUGCCGUGCCAACGGUGCGAUCCGUCAUUGAAGACAUCAUCCCACCGCGGUCAGAGCUCAGCCGGGUGGAUGAAGUAGGAUUGCUCUUGAAACACCUCCCCGCUGCCUGCGACAAGUCGAAGCAACUUCAGCAUGACGCGGAGUACGCCAGUCGCUACUACCGCGCCCGCUUCAACCGCGGCUCCCAACUGCAACUGAAGCACGCGAACCACAUCGCUGCUGCGUCUAGUCCCGCCGAGGUGCAGCAGUGGGCACGCAGCCGCCUGCACCCAAUCAGCGAUCCCUUCCAGUGCCAGUAG